AUGGUCCUUCUAUUGCAAACUGCAUUUUUGCCUCGUCUUGUUUAUUUUUUGAGAACAUCCCCACUGUUGGAUGUUUCGAUCCUCAAUAGUUUUGACGAUCAUCUCCGUGACGCGUUCCAGUCCAUCUUCAAUAUAACACUCGAUCAAAAACAUUGGUUGCAGGGAACGCUGCCUAUAUAUGUUGGUGGCCUGGGUUUGGGUUCCGCGGCUGAACUGGCACCUUCUGCCUUUUUGGCUUCUGCUGCUGCUGCCACGGUGACCCUCCAGGAUCUGAUGUUGCCGAGGGAUGGGAUUUAUGUCGAUAACUUCAGAAUGCAAGUAUACGAUAUGUGGCGCGCCACCAACGGAGAUGUGGUUGCGUUUGAAAACCCCUUGCAAAAACACUGUCUUAUGUCUUAA